AACCCUAGCGUUCCUCUCCUCGAUUCUAGCAGAUCGGUUUGAUUUCAAGUCAAAGAAGAAGAAGCGGAGGGGGGUUUACACGGUGAUGAUGCUUUGGAUUAUGAGGUUCUCCGGCUUCUUCUCCGCGGCAAUGGUCAUGAUCGUCCUCUCGCCUUCUCUCCAGUCAUUUCCUCCCGCCGAGGCCAUCCGAUCGUCUCAUCUCGACAACUACCUCCGGUUUCCGGUCCACGAGUCCACCUCUGCUUCCUUCGGUCGCUUUUCCUUCCGAAGAGCCCCCUCAUUUCGCAAUGCCGAUGAAUGCGGCUCCGUCGGCUCUGGAACCGAGGUUUGCGAUCCGAAUUUGGUGCACGUGGCGAUCACGCUUGACGUGGAGUACCUCCGUGGCUCGAUCGCCGCCGUCCAUUCGAUCCUGCAGCACUCGCGAUGCCCGGAGAGCAUAUUCUUCCACUUUCUGGUCUCGGAGACGAAUCUGAAAACCCUUGUGGAAUCCACUUUCCCUCAGUUGAAGUUCAAGGUGUACUACUUCGAUCCGCAGAUCGUCCGGGGACUAAUCUCGACGUCGGUGAGGCAAGCGCUCGAGCAGCCGUUGAACUACGCGAGAAAUUACUUGGCGGGUCUGCUCGAGUCCUGCGUGCAGAGAGUGAUAUACCUGGACUCCGAUCUCGUCGUGGUCGACGAUAUCGCCAAGCUCUGGACCACGAGGCUCGGAAACAGAACGAUCGGAGCGCCGGAGUACUGCCAUGCCAACUUCACGAAGUACUUCACAGCGGGGUUCUGGUCGAAUCGGCGACUCACCCGCGCGUUCAAGGGCCGGAAGCCGUGCUACUUCAACACCGGCGUGAUGGUGAUAGAUCUGGUGCGGUGGAGAGAGGUCGGUUACACGAGUCUCAUUGAGCGGUGGAUGGAGAUCCAGAAGAGCCACCGGAUCUACGAGCUCGGGUCUCUCCCGCCGUUCCUGCUGGUCUUCGCGGGAUACGUGGCGCCCAUCGAGCACCGGUGGAACCAGCACGGCUUAGGUGGCGAUAACGUGAGGGGCAGCUGUCGUGACCUUCACCCCGGUCCGGUUAGCCUUUUGCAUUGGUCCGGCAGCGGCAAGCCCUGGCUCAGGCUCGAUUCCAGGAAGCCCUGCCCGCUGGACGCGCUCUGGGUACCCUACGAUUUGUAUGGACUUUCUCACUGAACAAAAUUACCACUCAGCCGAUUGUUCUAGAAGAGAGGUGGUGGGCAAAUUGGCAAAUGGGAGCAGGGAAGGGCGACCGACAGACCAAUUUCAUAGUCAGAAAUUCGAAAACCAACCGGUAUGUAAAUCGGACCAUGAGGAGAGAGAAAGACAGCAAAACAGUGAGUAGAUUCUUUCCCACCGCCCCAGCACCCCACCUCAAAUAUGUGUAAUUUUUGGGUUAGGAGAGAGUAGGUUAUUCAUGUGGAUGGAAUUGGCCGGGGCUUGCUUCAUAUGUGAUAAUCCUGAUUCUUUUCUUUUUUUCUUUUUUUUUUUGUUG